AUGUCGACCGGUGGGAUCCCCUCGCUCGCUGAGCUGCAGAUGCAUGGACGGCACAUCAAAGAAGCCAUAGACGAGCAGCCACCACCUGUUCGGUGGUCCUGGUAUCUCGGCCCAACUGGGACGCUGGUGCUGCUGAUUUGCAUUCUCACGGCAUCAUCCACAGCGGCUUGUAAGGAUCACUGCGUGCGCGUGGGCGAUGCUUUGGAAGACAGGCUCCUUCGGUGCAUGGACAGAUGCGAGGUGACAACGGCGAAGGCUGGGACCUGUGAGAAGCAGUGCCACAGCCAGGUGCACUACACGCGACGCCAGGUGCAGCGAGAGCAAGAAGAUUGCAGCUGCCUUGGCUCGCAUGUUGAUUCAUGCUGA